AUGAUCCACACGAGUUUGCGAGAGUCGGGCGAUAGCCAGCGCAAAGGAAUAUACAACCUGCUGAGCAUCGGGGCCUACCUAGGAGCUUACCCACUGCACGACGGGCCUUUCGGCAAAGGACGUUACAACAAGGCCACGGAGACCUACUCGGAGCGCAGGGUGCUGUACGCGGAGUGGGGUAGAGCCCGUUGCUGGUACAAAGAGCAGCCUCUCUUUCUCAUCCGGCGCUACUUCGGCGAGAAGGUUGGCCUCUACUUCGCCUGGGUCGGCUUCUACACCACCAUGCUUAUCUUGCCUUCUUUCGUCGGGAUCUUCACGUCACUCUACGGGAUCGCGUACAUGCUCACCAAUAAACCCACGUGCGUACGAGGACCUGCGGCGGGAUCGAUGCAAUCAGCGAGCACAAUUCUGAUAGACUAGAAUUCACACGGCUGAUUACGCAAACAGCUCGAUAUUUUGAAUAAUAAAGGCAAUACGGGCACGUGCAUUGCUCGGUGAGCUUUGUGCCUUUGUGGCAAAUAAAUGUCAAUUUCGAGCGAAAUUUUCUAUUUCUUCUCGAUUGAGUGUGCAAAAAAAAAGGAAAUCA